AUGGCGGACGUGCAGAAAGCCUCCUCGAGCAAGGAGGACUUGAGGGAAAAGGACAAGCGCGAGCGAGAUGAGCUGCACGAGCGCAUCAUGGAGAAGGAGCGGCUGAGCAAAAAACGCGUGGGCGCCGCCGCACUGGGCGCCGCAGCGCCUGCUGAUGAUGCCGCAGGUGGUCGACAAGUCGAGUUCCAAAACGAGGAGGAACGCCGGGAAGCCAUCGAUCACAUCCGCCUCAUGGCGCGACGGAAAUACCUCGGGGAACGUGAGGUGAAAAUCUCCGAUCUUCGUGGGAGGCAAGUCUCCGACGCGGAGUGGCUGAUGAAGGGCGAAAAGUUGUCGGAUGCAGAACAACAGUACCUCAAGCUGGAACGUCAGCUCUAUGACGUGACGAAGCAACGCAUGGAGGAGCGCGGCCUUGAGAAGCCAGUGGGUUACAACAUGCCCGACGUCUAUGAUGACGAGGACAACAAAGGGCAAAACAAGCGCUUCGCCGUGCUGGAACAGCGCUACCAGCAGACCUACGAUGAGAAGUGGCAGCCCAACGAAGAGCAGCGUCUUGAAGAUGAGACGGUGAACAAAGCCGUGGCCAAGUACGGCGCGCAGAAAGGUCGGAAGGAGAACAAGGACAAAACUCAGUACGAAAUGAUCCUGGAGGAUGCCGUGGAGUUCGGUGAAGCCGAGGUGGUCGGAGGAAACUUCAAGGCACCAGAGAUCAGUGAGGGGCCCAAAGCUGAAUCCAGUGGCGAAGAAGAUGAGAAGGACAUGAACGUGCCCAAAGCCGUCCGGGAUCAGCGAGUCUUCAAAAAGAUGAAGAAAGAGGCGGAUAAGCUGCUAAAAGACCGGAAAAGUUUGCCCGUGUACCUCUACAAGGCACCUCUCUUGGAGGCGGUCAGAGAUUACCAGGUCUUGAUCAUUGUGGGCGAGACGGGGUCUGGGAAGACCACUCAGAUCCCGCAGUACUUGCACGAAGUGGGCUACUCCAAGAUCGGCAAGAUCGGGUGUACCCAACCGCGACGAGUGGCGGCAAUGUCCGUGGCAGCCCGUGUGGCGAAAGAGUAUGGUUGCAAGGUCGGCCAUGAAGUCGGAUACAACAUCCGUUUCGAGGAUUGCACGACCGAUCGCACCAUCAUCGAAUACAUGACAGAUGGAAUGCUGCUGCGAAGCUUCCUGAACGAACCUGACAUGGCAUCCUAUUCCGUCAUGAUGGUGGACGAAGCGCAUGAACGAACCCUUCACACGGACGUGCUGUUUGGCUUGGUGAAGGACGUGGCGCGCUUCCGACAAGACUUGAAACUCAUCAUCUCUUCAGCCACCUUGGACGCAGAGAAGUUCUCGGAAUACUUCGACAACGCGCCGAUCUUCAAUGUCCCAGGACGAAGAUAUCCGGUGGCUAUCCACUAUACCAAGGCCCCGGAAGCAAACUAUCUGGACGCUUGUGUCAUGACCGUGCUUCAGAUUCACCUCACGCAGGGGCCGGGUGACGUGCUGGUCUUUUUCACUGGGCAGCAGGAAAUCGAAGAGGCGAUGGACUUGCUGAGCCUCAAGACGCGAGGCAUGGGCACUCAGAUGGGUGAGCUCCUGGUGUUGCCCAUCUAUGCCAAUCUGCCCACCGAUAUGCAGUUGUCGCGAACUCUCACCGCUGAUCGGCUCUUCAGCUGCGAGCUGCGUGUACACCUCCACCGCGUGGUUUCGCGCUUCCCCCGACCCGAAACUCCAUCCUUCGUUGAAGUUUCGGUGCUCGCAAUGAAGACCAUUCUGGCGAUCUUGGCCACCAGUGGCCUUGCCAUCACGACCCACCGAGUGGACACCAUGGCGACUGGCAACCCCAUUCGCAAGGUCGUGUCUAUGAUGGAGAAAAUGGCAGACAAGAUUGAAGAUGAAGCCAAAAAAGAGUCGGAUCAAUACGACAAGUUCGAGUGCUACUGCAAGAAGACCAUCGCGGAACUCGAGGACAACAUCCGUCAAGCUGAGACGAAUCCCAUCUCCCAGGCGGAUAUCGACAAGAAGCAGUCCGAGAUCAGUGCCUUGCAACAAGAGGUGAAGACUCUGAAGGAGGACCGCAUUGCAGAGGAAGAGACCUUGAAGACUGCCGAGAUGCAACGAGGCAAAGAGCACGACGUCUUUGUGAAGGAGGUCACUGAAGAAGGAGAGGUGGUGAAGGGCGUAGAUGCGGCCACCGCUGCGUUGAAAGGUGGCGAGACAGCCUCCUUUCUGCAGCGCCAGGAGGCUGUUCAGCGCAUGUCCAAAGCCGUCGAGCAGAACCAGCGUCUGAGCAGCGAUGCCAAGCAGCGGCUCAGUGCCUUCCUAGCACAUCGUGGCAGCGAAUCCCCCGGCUUUGUGGUGGGCAUGUUGUCGGGCAUCAAGGACGACACUCAGGAGGAGAUUCAGGUGGAAACCUCGGCGGAGGAGAAAGCCGUGGAGAACUUCGAAGAAGUGGAGACUUCCAAGAAGACGGAGAUUGCCACGUUGUUGAACACCUUCGAGCGCAAGAUGAAGAACAUCGGAGAGAAACAGGUCGAGGUGGUGAAUCUGAAGAGGGAGUUAUCCGAGCAGGGUGAUUCCAUCGAGGAUGACAAGAAGAUGCUGGCUGAGUUGCAGAAGAGCUGCUCCCAGAAGGCCCAGGACUGGCAGCAACGCAGAACGGCCCGGCAGGAGGAGCAGCUCGCCCUUCAGGACACCAUCAAGUUGCUGAACUCUGACGCCUCCCUGGACCUCUUCCGCAAGCGCGGUGCGGCCUUGCUCCAGUUCUCCGGCCGCGACAAAGUGCAGAAGGCCUUGGACCUCGUCAAGGCGGCUCAGGCCUUUGGCGCCAAGGACGCCAAGGACGCCCUCGCUGCGCAGCCGGAGCUGAACUUUUUGGCACUGGCGCUCAGUGGGAAGAAGGCGGAUUUCACCAAGAUUUUGGAGAAGAUCGAUGGCCUGGUGGCUUUGUUGAAGCAGGAGGCUGAGGAUGACAAGUCCAAGAAGGAGUACUGCAACAAGGAGUUCCAUGGCGUAGCGGAGAAGACCAAGUCCUUGGAGUCCAAGAUCAAGACACUGACUGCCAGUGUCGUGGAGAAGAAGGACGCCAUCGGAAAGUUAUCUGAGGACAUUACUGCGUUGCAGUCGGGCGUGAAGUCCUUGGACGACAGCGUCAGCACGGCCGGGAAGAACCGGCAAGCGGAGCAUGCGGAGUUUCAGGAGAGCAGCUCGUCCAAUUCCGCGGCGUUGGAUCUGUUGAGUUUAGCGCGAAAUCGCCUCAAUAAGGUCUACAACCCCAGCAUGGUGCCAGAGACCACAACCAAGAGCCCCUACGAUCCCUAUGCCCUGCUGGAGAUCAAGGGACAAAAACCACCCACUUUCGAGGGAGGCUAUGAGAAGAAGACCCAGGAGAGCAAUGGUGUCCUGAAGAUGAUCGACACCUUGUCCAGCGACAUCGAGAAGGAGAUGGCCGUGGCCAGCAGUGAGGAAAAAAACGCGCAGGCGGACUAUGAGGAGACCAUCAAGGAUGCCGCUCAGAAACGCGAUGCCGACCUGGCUCUGGUGGCGCAGAAGUCCCAGGACAAGGCAGACCUGGAGACGGACCUCAACGACGACAAGACGGACAAACAGGGCAAAAAGAAGGACUUGAUGGCCACCAGCAAAUUUGCCUCGAAUUUGCACCAGGAGUGUGACUGGCUCCUGCAAAACUUCGACCUCCGCGCGGAAGCCCGCAGCGAGGAGAAGGAAAAUCUGAUCCGCGCCAAGACGGCCAAGAUCUUUGAAGCCACACCCCCUGGAGCGCGAAAAGUGGUGUUGGCGACCAACAUUGCGGAAACGUCCAUCACCAUUGACAACAUUGUUUUUGUGAUCGAUCCGGGCUUCUGCAAGCAGAACUCCUUCAAUCCGCGGACAGGAAUGGAGUCGUUGAUUGUGGUGCCUUGCUCCAAAGCCUCCGCCAACCAGCGGGCUGGCCGUGCCGGGCGCGUGAAGCCGGGCAAAUGCUUCCGGCUCUUCACCAAAUGGUCCUACGAGCACGAGCUGGACGACGACAAUGCACCAGAGAUUCAGCGGUCCAACUUGGGACACGUGGUGCUCAUGUUGAAGUCCAUUGGCAUCGAUGAUCUGCUGCAUUUCGACUUUAUGGAUCCUCCGCCCCCUGAGACCUUGAUCAAGGCACUCGAGCAGCUCUAUGCACUCAGUGCCUUGAAUGACCAGGGCGACCUGACGAAGUUGGGUCGACGCAUGGCGGAGUUUCCAAUGGAUCCGCAGCAGUCCAAAUCUUUGAUUCAGGCAGACAAAUACAAAUGCGUGGAUGAGGUGGUCACCAUUUGCAGUAUGCUUGGUGUAGAUGGAGCUAUCUUCUACCAUCCCAAAGACAAAGGUUUGCAUGCGGACAAUUCGCGCAAGAACUUCCAUAAGCCUGGGGGUGAUCACAUGACGAUGCUGCACGUCUACAAGCAGUGGGAAGAGACAGGUUUCUCUCUGAACUGGUGCAUGGAGAACUACCUGCAAAACAGGUCGUUGAAACGCGCCCGAGAUAUCCGAGAGCAGUUGGUGGAUAUGUUAGAGAAGGUGGAGAUCGAGCACUCGUCCAACGUGAAUGAUGUGGAUGGUAGGGAAGUUUCUCCACCUUGCGGGAAGAAGACACUGGACGUGACUGCGGUCUUGCCGACGACGAGCCGAAGUUUGGAGCGGUUGUUGAAGAUCUUGGCAGCCAAAAAGCAAGCUGAACAAAUUUUUGAGUUGCUGGAAACUGUACGUCGUGGACACUGCUCCAGCGCCUUGGACAGCCAUAACUUCACCCUUGGAAUCUCAGCCUGCGGCCGGGCCAAGCUCUGGCAAGAGGCCUGCUGGAUUUUCGCCGCCAUCCCGGAAACAGCACUUCAGCCGAACAUCUUCAGCUACAAUGCCACCAUGAGUGCUUGCAGAAAGGCUGGAGAAUGGCAGCAGACCAUGCAUUUUUUUCAGGAGAUGAAGGGAAGAGUUGAACCUCAUGUUGUGAGCUACAAUGUGGCCAUCAGUUCAUGUGCCAGCGGUGCAAAAUGGCAGUUGGCCAUAGGCCUGUUUGCCGCCAUGCCAGUGGCAAAAGUAUCUCCUGAUAUCGUCACUUACAGUGCAUCCAUCACCUCCUGUGAACGCUUUGGAAAAUGGCAACAGGCCCUGUGUUUGUUCGAGAUGAUGCCCAGAGCCACCAUUCGACCAGAUGUGAUUUGCUACAAUGCUGCAAUCAGUGGCUGUGAGAAGAGUGGUCAUUGGCAAGAGGCAUUGAAUUUGUUUGUUUCGAUGCAGCAGGCUGAAAUUUUGCCAGAUACAAUCAGCUACAAUGCUACCAUCAGCGCGCAUGAAAAGAGCAGUCACUGGGAAAACGCCGUGGUUCUAUUUGAUUCGAUGCCUGCAGCGAAACUCUCUCCAGAUGCUAUCAGCUACAAUGCCACGAUUAGCGCCUGUGGAAAGGUUGGACAGUGGCAAGCAGCAUUGAAGAUCUUUGAAGCUAUGAACAAAUCCAAGGUGUUCCCUGAUACAAUUACCUACAGUGCGGCGGUAGCGAGUUGUGUAAAUGGUGCUGUAUGGUCUCGGGCAUUGAGCUUAUUUGAAUUCAUGCCGCAAGCAAAUGUGCAACCGAACGUCAUAUGCUACAAUGUAGCCAUAGGGGCUUGUGCCAGAAGUGGCCAAUGGGAAGAGGCUUUGCGUUUUUUACAGGCCAUGGCUGAUGCAACGGUGUUGCCAAACAACAUCAGCUACAAUGCCGCCAUCAGUGCUUGUGAGAAGGGCGGGCAGUGGCAGCAGGCUCUAAGAGUUCUUGAUUUGAUGCAGCUGUCAAAGUUGGUUCCAGACCUUAUCAGCUGCAAUGCUGGAAUCAGUGCUUGUGCAGCAUGUGGGCAAUGGUGGCAAGCAAUCGUCUUGUUGAACUCCAUGUCAAGGUUGAAGGUACAGCCCAGCGUCAUCAGCUUCAGCGCCGCCAUCAGCGCCUGCGAGAAGCUGGGUCAAGCCGCUGAGGCUGAAGGCCUCUUCGAGCGCAUGCAGGCGGAGGGCGUGGCAGCGGACGUCAUCGGCUGCAAUGCUCUGAUCAGCGCCUGCAGCAAGGGACAGGAGUGGCACCGAGCCCUGCAAGUCUUGGGAUCCAUGAAAACCGCCAGGCUUCUGCCCAACGUCAUCAGCUAUACGGCCAUCAUCGGUCACUUUGAAAAACUGGGGCAGUGGCAGCAUGCUCUGGGUUUGUUCCGAGCCAUGCUGAAAGAAAAGGUCCAGCCAGACCAUUUGAGUUACAGCAUAGUUAUUGGUGCUUGUGAGCGUGCCAGUCAGCAUCAAGAGGCAUUGAGUUUAUUCGCGUCUAUGCCCAAGACACAUCAGAACUCGAGCACAAGCACCACCACAUUGAUGGCAUUACGGAGUUCAAGAACUUGA